AUGCCUAACUAUGUGAAAUUCAUGAAAGAUAUCCUAUCCAAGAAGAGAAGGUUAGGUGAGUUUGAAACUAUUGCACUUAUUGAAGGGUGCACAACAUUGUUGAAGAACAAACUACCACAAAAGUUAAAAGAUCCAGGGAGCUUCACUAUACCCUGCUCGAUAGGAAACCAUUAUGUAGGCAAAUCAUUAUGCAAUUUAGGUGCAAGUAUCAAUCUAAUGUCUAUGUUUAGUUUUAGGAAACUCGGGAUAGGAAAUGCAAGACCUAUUAUAGUCACACUACAACUAGCUGAUAAAUCAUACGUCCAUCCAGAAGGUAAAAUUGAAGAUAUAGUGGUAAGAGUUGAAAAAUUCAUUUUUCCAACAGAUUCUAUUAUUUUGGAAUGUGAAGCAGAUAAAGAGGUACCCAUAAUACUUGGACGACCUUUCUUAGCAACUGGUAGAACAUUGAUUGAUGUGCAAAAAGAAUUGACUGAAGAAUCUGGAGAACUGAUGGAAAUUCAGCAAUUUGGAAAUGGAUUUAGGAGGAGCUUUGAAUCAUUAUACUUAUCAGUUAUCUUUGUCGAGCUUACAAUAAACCAGGAGAUGCAAUUACUGAAAGUCUUAAAAAAGUCCAAGAAAGCUUUAGAAUGGUCAAUUGCGGAUAUCAAAGGAAUUAUCCCAGCAACCAGCAUGCACAAAAUAAUACUUGAAGAUUUCCAUGGCAAAUCUAUUGAACAACAAAGGAGACUGAGUCCUGUCAUGAAAGAAGUAGAUAAAAAGGAGAUUAUCAAAUGGUUGGAUGUUGGAAUUAUAUACCUAAUUUCGGAUAGCUUUUGGGAAUUUGAUUUGGAGAUUAAAGAUAGGAAAGGUACUGAAAAUCAAGUGGCUGAUCACUUGUCACGACUGGAAGCAGGGAAUAAUUAUGUCAGUAGGUUGCUGCCACCUGCACUCAAUCAUCAAGGGCAAAGGAAAUUCUUUCACGAUGUCAAGCAAUAUUACUGGGAUGAGCCAUUUCUAUUCAAGCAGUGUGCAGAUCAAGUAAUUCGGAGAUGUAUUCCGGAUGAUGAAAUUCAAAGUAUCCUGUAUGACUGUCAUUCUGCACCUUAUGGUGGACAUUUUGGAAGCAUGCGAGCUGCUACAAAGGCCAUCUCAUCAGUUGUUAAAAAGUAUGGAUGGGGGAUCUUUUGUCGCCAUCCUGGUGAUGUCUUCCCAAAGGUAGUGAAAGAGUUUUAUGCCCACGUUACUUCUUCUAACAGUGCAUUUAUAUACGUGCGUGGUGCAUCAGUUCUAUUUGAUGAGGACUCCAUCAAUGCCCAAUAUGGAUUGUUUGAAGGUCCUGACGAGCAUGCUGACUUUAUGAAGACAAUGUCCCCGGAGCACUUAACCUAG